UGGUGGCGUUUGACGGCCGGAGGCAACCGAGAAGGAGGAGGAAGCGGCGCUGGUGGCUUCCCUGACGCCUGUGGAGGAGGUCGGGGCGGGCGCCGCGGUCCCGGCCGAGGAGUGAGGCGCGGGCGGCCGGACCGGUGGGCUGGGCGGCGGGCCCGGCGGCCGCCCCCGCGCCGUCGCUCGCGCCUGGCGGCCCGAUGUGGCUGCAGCAGCGGCUUAAGGGGCUGCCGGGACUGCUGUCGAGCAGCUGGGCCCGCCGCCUCCUCUGCCUGCUCGGCCUCCUGCUGCUGCUUCUGUGGUUCGCGGGCUCCGGGGCGCGGCGGGCGGCGGGCGGCCUGCACCUGCCGUCCUGGGCCCGCGGCGAGCCGGGCGCCGCCGAGCCCUCCGCCUGCCUGGAGGCGGCCACCCGCGCCUGGCGCGGCCUGCGGGAGCGAGGCGAGGCCGUCCCGCUGGGCCCUGGGGUGCCGGCGCUGGUGGCCAACGGCUUUCUGGCCCUGGACGUGAACGCCAACCGGCUGUGGGUGACCCCCGGGGAGCGGGAGCCCGCCGUGGCGCCGGACUUCGUGCCCUUCGUGCAGCUGCGCCCGCUGAGCGCGGUGGCCGAGGCGGGGGAGGCGGUGCUGCUGCCGCGGGAGGGCCUGCUGCGCCGCGUGCGGUGCCUGCAGCUGGGGACCCCAGGUUCCGGCCCCGCCGCCGCCGGCCCCGGGCCCGCCUCGGCCUCAGGCCUCGCCGCGGGGUCGGGCCGUGACUGCGUGCUGCUGCAAGAGGACUUCCUGGCGCACCGGGGCCGGCCCCACGUCUACCUGCAGCGCGUGCAGCUGCACAACCCCACGGAGCGCGUGGCCGCGCUGCAGACCGUGGGGCCCACGGCCGGGCCUGCCCCCAGGGGCCUCACCAGCACCCUGGAGAAGGUCGGAGACCAUCAGUUCCUCCUCUACUCGGGCCGGGUCUCGCCUCUGCCCACGCGGCAGGUGCACCUGGUGGUGGUGGCCGCCAAGAAGCUGGUGAACCGGCUCCAGGUGGCCCCCAAGACGCAGCUGGACGAGACGGUGCUGUGGGUGGUGCACGUGUCCGGCCCCCUGAGCCCCCAGGUGCUCAAAAGCAGAGCGGCCAAGGAGCUCAAGGCCCUGCAGGACGCGGCGCGGAAGGAGAUGCUGGAGCUGCUGGCGAUGCCGGCGGCCGAGCUGCUGCGGGACCACCAGCGCCUCUGGGCCCAGCUGUUCAGCCCAGGAGUGGAAAUGAAGAAGAUCACGGAUGCCCACACGCCUUCCGGCCUGACCGUGAACUUGACCCUGUACUACAUGCUCUCCUGCUCACCAGCCCCGCUGCUCAGCCCCUCCCUGAGCCACAGAGAGCGAGAGCAGAUGGAGUCGACGCUCAACUACGAAGACCACUGCUUCAGCGGCCACGCCACCAUGCACGCCGAGAACCUGUGGCCGGGGCAGCUGUCCUCGGUGCCGCAGAUCCUGCAGCUGUCUGACCUGUGGCGGCUCACCCUGCAGAAGCGCGGCUGCAAGGGGCUGGUGAGGGCGGGCGCCCCGGGCAUCCUGCAGGGCAUGGUGCUGAGCUUCGGGGGGCUGCAGUUCACGGAGAACCACCUGCAGUUCCAAGCCGACCCCGACGUGCUGCACAACAGCUACGCCUUGCACGGCAUCCGCUACAAGGACGACCACAUCGACCUGGCCGUGCUCGCCGACGCCGAGGGCAAGCCCUACCUGCACGUGGCCGUGGAGCCCCGCGGCCAGCCCGGCAAGAUCUACGCCUGCGAGGCGGGCUGCCUGGACGAGCCCGUGGAGCUGACCUCCGUGCCGGGCGGCCAGACGUUCUCGGUCAUGGUGACGCAGCCCAUCACGCCGCUGCUGUACAUCUCCACCGACCUCACGCACCUGCAGGACCUGCGGCACACGCUGCACCUCAAGGCCAUCCUGGCCCACGACGAGCACAUGGCCCAGCAGGACCCCGGGCUGCCCUUCCUCUUCUGGUUCAGCGUGGCGUCCCUCAUCACCCUCUUCCACCUCUUCCUCUUCAAGCUCAUCUACAACGAGUACUGCGGGCCUGGAGCCAGGCCCCUCUUCAGGAGCAAGGUGGGGACACAGCCACACCGCUGUCACGGGCCACGGAGCCUGGUGAUCCGAGCCCGAGGCCGGGGCAGAGCCCAGGAAGAUCCCAGCGUGUGAGGGAGGCGACAGCCCUGCUUCCGGCUGCCAUUUGCACAGGCGCCCGGCCCGCGCGCCCUGCUGCUGCGAGCACCCACCCUUUGUGCCUUGUUGGGGGAGCCCAGGGACGCAGACGCGUGCGGAGACUCGAGUUAGCUGCGGAAGGAAGGACGCGGGAGUGGGGGAGGGCCGGUGGCUUUUGUACGCUUUCCACUCAAUAAAAUGAACCCAUGUGGAAAAUACUUGAAAUUGAACUCACUCCUUCCACGCCCCCUGGCUUCUGUCCCGGAAGCAGACCUCUGAAAGGCUCCUGGGAGCCACGGUGUCUCUUCCUAAUUUAACGUGUUCUUUCUUGGAUGAACUUCUAAUUUAUUUUGUUGAUGUCACGGGGGGGUGCUGGCAGGGACGCCCCCUCCGAGGCCCCGCGGUCCUGAGGCCGGGGUGGGGGGUGUCCCGCUGGGGCCCCCUCCCCGCUACCCGCCGCGGCUGCUGACAUGAGCCUGUGGGGGCCGUGGGUUUGUACUGCGGGGCUUUGGGGGAGCUGUUGAACUUUCUGGUGAUUGAUGAUUGUUGGGUUUUGAAAUACCAAAGCUUUUUGUUCUGUUUUUAAAUAAAGAUCUGUCAAACUGCAA